AAAAACAACAAGAAAACAACUUUAAACACAAUGCACUCCGAAACAAACAAACAGGAGAGGAGAAACAGACUGCUGCACUGCUUUAGAAAAGCAGCGAGCUAGCAUCGCUUCCAGCCAUUCACUGUGCGAGACUGAAACGAGUUAUACGUGAUUCCGGCUUUAUUCUAUUAUAUAAUAGAAUAUUUAAAAAAAAAUAUAUAUAUAUAUAUGUAUAUGUAUAUGUAUAUGUAUAUGUAUGCGCGCUGGCAAACUUUACAGGAAUGGCCGCUUUCAUAGCGUGUGUGUUUAUCGUACUGAAGUUUUGUGUUACUGUGUUUCCUUCCAAGUUCCAGCCAAGCAUGUGUUUGAGGAAAAAAAACAAACACUUCAGUUGUUAAUUGUGUAAAUUAAGUAAUCAGCUAACACGGGUCACUCGUGGUUUGCCGCGGUUAGUAGAUCAGGAACAGCACCAGCAAGAGGACAUGGCUGCUGCGUUAGUCGACCCCGGCGACAGCGGCUUCCUUCAGAAGAGGAACGCCAAGUCGGGCCAGGACUCACAGCCGUCCCCGCUGGCUUUGCUAGCAGCCACAUGCAGCAGGAUCGAGUCUCCAAACGAAAACGCGCAGCAGCACCAGCUGCAAGUAUCAUCGGAGCAUCAGAUCGACCUAAGCACAGCGCAGAUCACGCAAACGGCCAACGGCUGGCAGAUUAUCCCCGCAGUCUCUUCAGUGUCCAGCUCUGGGGCGGCCACCGUCACCACUGUCAGCCAAAGCGCCGGAGAAGCUGGCAAGACCCGGCAAUUAAUGACUGGCGGGCAGCAGUAUGUGCUGUCCUCCGCCCCUGGGAUCCAGGGCCAGCAGGUGUUGGCCAGCCUGACCGGCAUGAUGCCCAACAUUCAGUACCAGGUCAUCCCCCAGUUCCAGACAGUCGACGGGCAACAGCUGCAGUUCGCAUCCCCGGCGCAGGGCAUCAACGUCCAGCAGGACGCCUCGGGGCAGUUCCAGUUGGUGUCGCAGGGCGGCGGCCAGCAGAUCAUCACCACCAGCCGGGGCGGGGGCAGCGCGGCGGGGCAGAACAUCAUCGCCAUGCCCGGGGGUCUCCUCCAGCAGACCGUGCCCUUGCAGAACCUGGGCAUCGGCAACAACCUCCUGCAGAACCCGGCCCAGUUCCUGGCCAACAUGCCCAUGGCGCUCAACGGGAACAUCACGCUGGUGCCGGUCGCUAGUGCCGGCUCCGGGCAGACCGUGGCGGAGACCGGCGCCGUGACCACAGUCCACCAGCAGCAGCCGAGCUCCAGCUCCGGAGGGGUGUAUUUCACCAGCUCGGGGUCCCUGGGCACCACCACCCAAGCCAGCAACAGCCUGGCCAGCUUCACCGUGGCGAGCGCUGGGCAGUCCACACCCCAGCGCCCCGGGAGCGGCGGGACAGGAUUCCAGAAUGCGGGGACCGCCGGCGCUGUUCACAUACAGCCUUGCCCGCAAGACAACAGAGAUUCUCAGUCUCAGCAGCAGCAGCAGCAGCAAAUUCUGAUCCAGCCGCAGCUGAUCCAAGGAGGUCUGCAGACCAUCCCGGCCGGCCAGGCUUUUGCCACCCAGACCAUCUCCCAGGACGCUCUGCAGGGCCUCCAGAUCCAGACCCUGCCCAACACCGGCCCCAUCUUGCUGCGGACCGUGGGCCCCAACGGCCAGGUGAGCUGGCAGACCCUGCAGAUGCCGAACGCGGCCGGCACCCAGACGAUCACCCUGGCCCCCAUGCAGGCCCUGGGGCAGAACUCCGGAGGCACGGUCACGCUCAACGCCUCGCAGCUCUCCGGCAUGCAGGGCCUGCAGACCAUCAACCUGAACACGCUGGGCAACGCCGGCAUCCAGAUGCACCAGCUCCAGGGCGUGCCCAUCACCAUCGCCAACGCCGCGGGGGACCAGUCUCAGCUGGGUUUGCAGGGAGCGGGCGGAGACAAUCUGGAUGACAGCACAGCAAUGGAGGAGGGAGGUGAGAACAGCCCGGGACAGCAGCCUGGGCAACGCAGACUACGCAGGGAGGCUUGUACUUGCCCCUACUGCAAGGACGGCGAGGGCAGGAGCAGCGAUCCAGGCAAGAAGAAACAGCACAUCUGCCACAUCCCGGGCUGCAUGAAGGUGUAUGGAAAAACCUCUCACCUGCGGGCUCACCUGCGCUGGCACACGGGCGAGCGCCCCUUCAUCUGCUCCUGGCAGUUCUGCGGGAAGCGCUUCACUCGCUCCGACGAGCUGCAGAGACACAAGAGAACGCACACGGGUGAGAAGAAGUUCUCCUGCACCGAGUGUCCCAAGCGCUUCAUGAGGAGCGAUCACCUCUCCAAGCACAUCAAGACGCACCAGAACAAGAAGGGACAGGGCAACGGGGGAGGGGCCACGGCGACCGGAGACUGCAGCCCCGCCCUCUCAAUCGCCAUCGACGCAGGCUCCGCCCAGGAGGGGGGCGUGGCCUCGGACCAGCACGCGCUCAUCACCAUGGAGACGCUGUCUCCGGAGGGCAUCGCCCGCCUCGCCAGCAGCGGAAUCAACGUCAUGCAAGUCACGGACCUGCAUUCCAUUAACCUCAGUGGCAACGGGUACUGAGGACAUGGGAGAGAGAGGGGCGCGCGCAGGCUGUACAGAGUUUUAAACAGUAGAGAGGAGGCAGUGAUGAGGGGGGGGGUGGUGGUGGUGGAUGGGUUUAACGCGUUAAUUUUCAGAUUUGUUUUCCCCGUCCGUUCCCUGCAGCCCAAACCAUGCGCGGUGUCUCCCUGCAUCAGGAAUCUGUUUGGUACAGCCCUAUACUAAGCUACGAUGCUGGUAACUCUUUUUUAAAGAAACACUUUUUUGCGAACCGCCUUCUGUCUGGCGUGAUGUUCUUGUUGUAGACCGACUGCUCUGUGACGUGCCUUGGGAGGCGUUUUUUU